AGUGUAUCCUAGCGCGCGUUCUCAGCUCCGGGGGUCUCGAGAGCGUGUUUUGAAUCUAACCGUCCGCUCAGGUGAGCCGCAGGUGGACCGGGCCGGGCCGGGCUGCGGCGCAGGGCAGUGCCGGGCAGACGGUGCGUGUGUGUCGGCUGGGACUGGAGCGAAGUGCCGGAGCCGCCGAGCAGAAACCAGAAAUGGCAGACGCCAGAGACGCAAUGGAUGAUGACCUGGAGGAUGGGGAGAUCUCAGACUCCAACUCGGAUUCAGAGAUGAGAUCCGCAGCUGAAGCCAGACCCCAGGCCACUGCCGCUCCGGCUUUCAGCGGCCAGUCGUUCCAGAGCAGAGCCGCCCCCCAGGCGUCUGCCGCCGGCUACCGCUGCAACGUGAGCACAGCGGACUCCAGCGACAGCGACCCGGACUCAGACGAGGAGGCUGCGGUUUGGCGCCGCAAACGUCAGAAAGUGUCCCAAGCUCCUCCGCCACCUUCAUCUGCAGCCCGCAACUUCACCUACCCCACCCAGCCAAACCCGCCCCAGGCUCCCUGCAGCGUGCCAGGAGGCCGCAAGGUCAACAACAUCUGGGGCUCCGUGGUCCAGGAGCAAACCCAGGACGCCAUCACUGCGGAGCUGGGCAUAUUUGGCAUGGAGGGGGAGGUGAGCAUGUCUAGCCGAAGCGUGGAGACCUACAACUUUGUUCUGGCACGCAAGAUAAUGGAGAAGGAGAGGGAGGAGGAGAAGCAGGUGAGGAAUCAAGGAGAAGUGUCCAUGCUGGACUCGGAGCUGGAUGAUUACAUGAAGGGCCGGGGGUCUGAGAGCGGAGGCAGCGAGGCCAAGAGGAAGAGACCAGCUAAAGAGAGACUGGGCCCCAUGGCUGUGAUGGACAUCAAGGGCCGGUAUGAGAUCACGGAGGAUGACCCCGAGGACAGGGUGGUGGAUGAGAUCGCAUACAGGCUACAAGAGCCCAAAAAGGAACUGAUAGAACGGGUUGUCAGGGUCAUUGGGAAGAAAAAAGCAAUAGAGCUGCUCGGGGAGACCGCCACGCUAGAGGAGAGCGGAGGGGUGUACACCCUGGACGGCAGCAGGAGGCGGACGCCCGGCGGGGUGUUCCUCAACCUGCUGAAGAACACACCAAGCAUCACCAAGGCGCAGACCAGGGAGAUCUUCUUGGACGAGAACCAGAAGGAGUACAAGAGCAAGAAGGCGGCGCAGAAGCGGAGGAGGCACCUGGUGGCCAAGAAGAUGAAGCAGGCCCUCAACACGCUGAACCUGCAGGAGCACGACGACGUCUCCAGAGAGACUUUCGCCAGUGACACCAACGAGGCCUUGGAGUCCCUGGAGGACGUGGCUGAAGAGGACGGACAGGAAGAAGCCGCUGCGGGCACCGAGGACACGGCCGUGGUCUACAACUCCACAGACCUGGAGGUCUUCUGAGGCCAACGGGUGCCGCCUGUCCCAGUGAGGACGUCCUGGACUGAGAUGAAACGUGAAACACUGAAAGCACUGUAAAAUCAUUCUCUGCUGCACUCAGAAGCCCCUUUUCUUUACUUUAGUAAUAAAAAGUUAUUAGUUUGGUACAGCACACGUUUGUAUCUUUAAACAUGACAGUCAAAUUGAACAUGAGUUGGUUUUUAUUGUGUUAAAACGUUACCUGCCUUGAGUUCACAUACUUAAAUUGAACAAGAGAUAAAAGAGAACUUUACACUUUGGGAUAAUAAUGACUGUCUUAAUCUGUUGUUUUUUUUUUGUUGUGGGUUUUGUUUUGUUUUUUGCUUGUUUGUUUGUUUUCCAGUUCUAUUAUACUUGCAUUAGAUAAAGAUGAAGUAUUGAUUUAUUGAAUUUACAUACACAGAAUUGUAUAUGUUGAAAGAUAAGUAAAGGUGACGUCAUCUCAGUAAAAUGGCUUGGAUCAGUGUUGAGUUGGACGUGGGCAAUUUACAUGUUGCAACAUUUUUUUAUUUGGCUUAUGGUGACACGUGCAGGAUCAUAAAGGCUGUAAAUGACAGACUUUGUUUUCAGUAGGUCAGUAUGUCUGGCCCCAGUAUCAUCAUAAGUCAAAUUAGUUUAAAAGAAUCAGAAAAAAAUCCCCAUCCACAAAAAAAAAAAAAAAUGUACAGUUGUGUCAGUGCACCUGUUUGUCCACUAGAUGGCAGACACACUCUUCCCCCACAAAC